UUUGCAAACAUGCAUGCUCAGAAAUGGUAGCUGAUGGAUUUUACCUAAUAUUUCAGCGUCAGUGUUAGCCACCGCUAACCAGCUAACAAACGUUAGCUUAAUCAUCGGGAGGGGGAGGCACUGAAACGACGGCCAUCACGGAGUUUUAAUGCUAGAUGAGUGAGGUGGGUGUGGCUUCCCACCAGCCCGACCAUCCUGACUGACGGAUCUCUGGAUGACCUUGUCCCAACCCCUGUCCCUGCGCUCACAUACACCACAGCAAUGUCACAUCUGCCCAGCAGCUCAGUCCGCGACCAUAUGAAAUGGGCGGGGCUGCUUGGCUGCGAAGCUGUCCUCUCCAGCAUGGCUUUGAUGCAGGCCAGCUCCAUGGCUGCUCCACCCAAAAAAAUGAUGGCUCCACUUGGCCAUGGACCACCGCAGAGAGAUGGACCUGAUCGUGCUCCCCAGAGUCACAUGAUCCUCCCAUCUGGAAUGAGCUGUCCGCCCCUGCUUAUCCGGAAGGAAGGUGAAUACCAAGCUCCCCGCCUGCUGGACGAGAAGGAGAUGAGAGCCAAUGAGGACAUGCAGCAGAAAAAAAAGAACAGGAAAUCAGUAACGCCCUGUAAAGUGAGAGAACAAGAGGGAAGGGGAGGGAAGGGCACUGGAGGAGAUGAAAAUGGCCCAUCAUCCAAAGUGCAGAAAAACUUUAUUUGUGAUCACUGUUAUGGAGCAUUUAGGAGUGGAUACCACCUGAAGAGACAUAUCCUCAUUCAUACAGGGGAGAAGCCGUAUGCUUGUGCCGUAUGUGACAUGAGGUUUAUUCAGCGUUACCACCUGGAGAGACACAGCCUCAUUCACACGGGAGUGAAGCCGUACGCUUGUUCCAUGUGUGACAUGAGGUUUUUCCAGCGUUACCACUUGGAGAGACACAGACUCACUCAUACGGGGGUGAAGCCGUACGCUUGCUCCAUGUGUGACAUGAGGUUCUUCCAACGUUACCAUCUGGCAAGACACAGCCUCACUCAUACUGGGGUGAAGCCAUACGCUUGCUCCAUGUGUGACAUGAGGUUUUUCCAACGCUACCACUUGGCAAGACACAGCCUCACUCACACGGGGGUGAAGCCAUAUGCUUGCUCCAUGUGUGACAUGAGAUUUUUCCAACGCUACCACCUGGCAAGACACACUCUCACUCAUACGGGGGUGAAGCCAUACGCUUGCUCCAUGUGUGACAUGAGGUUCUUCCAGCGUUACCAUUUGGCAAGACACAGCCUCACUCAUACUGGAGUGAAGCCAUAUGCUUGUACCAUGUGUGACAUGAGGUUCAUACAGCGUUACCAACUGGAGAGACACAGUCUUACUCAUACAGGGGUGAAGCCGUACGCUUGCACCAUGUGUGACAAGAGGUUUUUUCAGCGCUACCACCUGGCGAGACACAGCCUCACUCAUAUGGGUGUGAAACCUUAUGCUUGCACCAUGUGUGACAUGAAGUUUUUUCAGCGUUACCACCUGGCGAGACACAGCCUCACUCAUACGGGUGUGAAACCUUAUGCUUGCACCAUGUGUGACAAGAGGUUUUUUCAGCGCUACCACCUGGCGAGACACAGCCUCACUCAUAUGGGUGUGAAACCUUUUGCUUGCACCAUGUGUGACAUGAGGUUUGUUCAGCGUUACCACCUGGCGAGACACAGCCUCACUCAUACGGGUGUGAAACCUUAUGCUUGCACCAUGUGUGACAAGAGGUUUUUUCAGCGCUACCACCUGGCGAGACACAGCCUCACUCAUAUGGGUGUGAAACCUUUUGCUUGCACCAUGUGUGACAUGAGGUUUGUUCAGCGUUACCACCUGGCGAGACACAGCCUCACUCAUACGGGGGUGAAGCCGUAUGCUUGUUCCAUGUGUGACAUGAGGUUUAUUCAGCGUAACCACCUGGAGAGACACAGCCUCACUCAUACGGGAGAGAAGCCAUUUGCUUGUGACAUGUGUGAUAUGAGGUUUAUCCAACGCUACCACCUUGAGAGACACAAGCGUGUCCAUAGUGGGGAGAAGCCUUACCAGUGUGAACGUUGCCAGCAGAACUUUUCACGGACAGACCGGCUGUUGCGGCAUCGGAGGCUGUGCCAGGGUCGCGGCGUUGCCAAAGUAGAGAACCAGCCAUGCUGCGACCCUCGCCCAUACCCCCAAGAACCCCCUCCCGCACCCCCAACCUGGAGUCCCCUGCAUCCCCCUCCGGGCCGGCUGGCGGUCUGACAUUCCACCUUCUUCUACAGCCACAACACCGCCAGAGUCGGAACAAGCAACAGGGUUUCUUCUUCUCAGCUCUGGACAGAGUGACAUAACACUCUAGCACAGGGGGAUCUUGCAGCUCCGCUCUCCGGAUUACUUAUGACUGAGGGACAUUUGUCUUCUUGUUUUGUUGACUUUUUACUGUGUUUCUUUUUCUCCCGUUUUUUUUUUAAAGAUGAGACUUUUCUGUGAUGGAACAGUGGUCCUGUUUUGUACUUGAUCUAUUUGAUUUUUGCAAAAAAGAAAAAAAAAAAAGGUUUUUAUUGUUGUUCAAAUAUAUCUCCAUUUGGUACUCGGCGGGGCAGUGGGUAUUGUUUAUCCUGAUGUGUUGGCAACAAAAUGGGAUGAAGUGGUAAGAAAACGUAGUCAAGCUUGUUUCUAAUGUUAUCUUGUGUGGCCCAUUUUGAGUUUAAAGGAUUGUUACUUUAAAGCAGGAAUUUCCUUUUUAUAGAGCAAAGAAAUCACUCAUUGACCUCUUGUUUUGACCAGAUCCCGGUUGAAUCUGAAGAUAUCACUGAGCUUUUCAACACAGGAGACGGUCAUUGACUAUAUUCUUAAAUAAUCAGAAAUGUUUAUUUUUGAUUAGUGGUGUCUUUUAUGCACAAAAUCGACCUACACAGAAAACUAGAAAUGCUUUCAAUACAGUUUGUUGCCUCUGUUUCAGUGAAAUCAAAAAGAAAUCUGAGUAACUUUUGAGUGUUUGUUAAAAAAAAGAUCUUACUAUAAACCAGGACUUCCAAAAAAAAAAGCAUGAUUAAGGACAACCUGAAUGAGAGUGUUUCCAUGGCAGACAAAGUGUUGAGUCUCAGGUGAUCACCUGUGUCUCACCUUCUGUGUCGUGUGAGACGUUCUGAGGACUCGGGAGGGUACAGGAAGGCAGCCUUAGCAGGUCAUCCUCCCACACUGACUGAGAGUCGGGCUGACGUGCGUUCAGCCGUGUGUGUAAAUAUGGUUCACACUCGCAAUCUCCUAGGCAGAUCAGUGCUCUGUCAUUACGUCCUGGUCAGCGGUGCAGAUAUCCCACUUGAUGUCCCAUUAUGUCGUUUGUACAGACUCACAUUCUGUGUGAGGUUAGCGGGGGUAUACAAAAUCUUGUGGCCUUAGUGUGUUUCUGUUUUCUUUGCCUUUUUCUCAGCUGUUUGUUAUUGUGGAUCAGAUGUAUUUACUAAGAUGAGACAACCUUUCAUCAUCAUUGUAUGUUGUUUUUUUUCUGUCUGAAAGUUGUCAUGGUUACAGAAUGUUGACAGCUUCAUUGGCGCCUAAACAGUCCAACAUGUCCGACUGUUGUGGGAGGUUGUGUUUUGAUGAAAAUUAAUAUUUUGGUCAUUGUUACUGAUUUACAUUGUAACACAGUUAGUCCCAAAGGGAGCCCCUCAGUCGUGCUAAACUGUUUCCUACUGCAGUGCUUUGGCUGAUGGUAGCCUGAGCAGAAUCAAUACUUUCUUGACUGUACUACACACUAACAAUUGCCUUUUUUCUCCAAAUAUUGUGUGGUUGGUGUGUAACGAUGGAUGUCUGUCAUGUCAUUGGGUUUAGCCUUAAGUAAUUGCGGACACACAAAUAAUCAUGUAGUACUAAAUGAUAUCGUAACAAAUGAUUUCUUUACCUAUGAUGACCUUUGGUUGUUCUGUGUGAAGGUCUUUUGACAGUCAGAGACGGUUGAUCAGGGCCACUUCACUGCCUGUUGGGGAAAUUUCUCAAACUCGAUUCUUGGUGGUAUGUUGGUGUUCUAUCAGUGCUGGGUCGGAGGAUGUCUGCUAGAUUGAACACAUGUAUAUAUCAAGAUUUUACAGCUGUUCUUCUGUGCUGCAGAAGGAAAAGGAUAUCUGAAACCAUCCCUUUUUUAUUUUAAGCUGUAGACAAAAUGUGGAAGUGGAAUUCCAGGUCGCAUUAUCCUGUCUCUAAGUGGUCCUUUUUUGUGUUGGGUGCAAAAAUACAGCUUAGUACUGAGUUAUGUGAUGUUAUACCUAAAGUAUUAUUGGGAAGAUUUCUUUAGAUGGUCUACUGAUAUCAAGGCAAAGUUAUGUUACGAUAUAAGUGUGUACAGAGAUGUCGUCGGUUUUACCUGAAUUUAAGAUCAAGUCAAACCCAGUGGCAGGAAAAGGGUCAAGUUUGAGAAAUGUGUUUAUUUGCUCUAGGAACAUUAUUCCUAAUCAGUGGAAGGGAUACUGAAGGCUCGAGUACAUAUUGAAAAAGCUAAAGGGCAAUACAGUAUAUAGAUUACGUCGCUUGUUAAUCCAUUUAGUCAUUUAUUGUUUAUGGUAUUAUCAAUCUCAUUGUUUAAAAUGCAAUAGUAUCUUUGAGUCUCAGAUCAUUUUUUUCUAAGAUUGAGGUUUAAUCUUUUUGUUUUUCUGACAGAGACAAGGAUUGCUUUGUCUGAGAAUUAGCUCAUCCCAUUUUUAAGGUUUGUUCCAAGGACCAUUUUUUUAAUCUGAUGAAAUUGUAAACACUGGAGUGGAAGGGAAAAAACAGACAAAAAAAGACAGAUUUUUUUUUUUCCUUCAGACUGUACUAGUAGAUUUUUAGGUUUUAGACAAAGCCUAUUUCUCCUCAACUUCACACAGACGGCAAACAGAACAAUUUGUAUCAGUACAGUUGAGAGGCCACAAUGUUUGCUAAUUUUGACAUUAGAGGCAAUAUUACCACAAGAAAAUGUUUCUUUCUUAUACGAAGUCCCUGGUAAUUGUAGUAAAUUAUAUUGAUAAUGGUAUUAGAUGAACAACAGCAUAACAGUAGCUAUCACAGAUUAGUUUUCUUUGUAAGUCUUGCAUGCAGAGUUAUGGUCCUCAGUUAAGAUAGGAUCUUGAUAAUUAUUUUGUGUAGGAAAAUGAGUGCAUAAGAAUAACUUUCUAAAUAAUGUUACAAUGAUUAUUGUAAAAUGGGCUUACUAAUAUGUACCCUUGUGAUCCAAUUAGUUUCAAGUAUAUGAAAAUCAGAGGAGAGGCUUCUUACUAUAAUGCUGAAAUAAAAAAAAAAAUUGGAAAAGAA